AUGGAACCCCGUUAUCGCCGGCCGGAUAGCGCCCGGGCUUCACCUUCGACACUCCCCGCAAUGGACGAGAAAACCCCCCAGAUCUUCAAUGAUGCGCCUUCCCAGAAACCCAAGCCAUCUCGACGCAACUGGGGCAAUUUGGGCUUGAUCAUUUGCACUCUGCUGGCCGGUGGCUGGUUCUUCGGGCCGCGUUGUAACCAUGGGCGCGUGCUCACCAUCGAAGAGCGAGUGCACAAUAUCCUGACCCAGACUCCUCUAAUCGAUGGUCAUGAUGACUUUCCCAUCUUCAUCCGGAUGGCUUAUCACAACCACAUCCACGAGUCCAAUUUCACCAAGUCCUUCGUCGAGGGCACCCUGGGUGGCCAUGUGGAUCUGCCUCGUCUGAAGAAGGGACAGGUAGGCGGCACCUUUUGGAGCGUCUUUGUUCCCUGCCCCGCCGAUUGGACCGACUUUUCCGAUGAGAACUAUGCUGCGAGCGUUCGUAUGACCGUGGAGCAGGUUGAUGUCAUGAAGCGUGUCCAACAGGCCUAUCCCAAGGUCUUCUCCGCGCCUCCCAACGGUACCACGGCCCUGAGCGCUUUUCAGGAGGGCAAGAUCAUCUCACCUCUGGGUAUUGAGGGCCUGCAUUCCGUGGGCAACUCGUUCGCUCAUCUUCGCAUGUUCUACGAAAUGGGCGUCUCCUACGCAACUCUCACUCACAAUUGCCAUAACCGCUUUGCCGACGCUGCACUGGUCCAGCAGCCGGACGGCAGUAUCCGGAAGGCGGAUCCACUGUGGCACGGCGUGAGCCCGACCGGCGAGAAAAUGGUGUACGAAAUGAACCGACUUGGAAUGAUCAUUGAUCUGGCCCAUGUGAGCGAAGACACCAUGCGCGAUGUGCUGGGAUCCGGCAAGAACGAAUGGACUGGCAGUCGAGCCCCGGUCAUUUUCAGUCACAGUGCGGCUCAGGCCCUGUGCCCCCAUCCGCGAAACGUGCCAGACGAUAUCUUGGAGUUGGUCCGGGAACGGAAUUCGAUCGUGAUGGUGAAUUUUUCGCCCGACUUCAUCUCCUGCUCGGCAGCCGAUCGCGAUGAUGGCCUGCCUGACCUAGACAUGGAUCACGCUACGCUGGAGCGAGUUGCGGAUCAUGUCAUCCAUAUUGGAACUGUCGCGGGCUUUGAUCAUGUCGGCCUGGGAAGUGACUUUGAUGGUAUUCCCUCGGUGCCUCAGGGGUUAGAUGAUGUAUCGAAGUUCCCAGCUCUGAUGGCCGAGCUUCUCCGCCGGGGAUUGAGUGAUGAAGAAGCAGCCAAGGUGGCCGGAGGAAAUCUCCUGCGAGUGUGGAGGGAAGUCGACAGGGUUGCCCUCGCCAUGCAAGCCGCGGGUGCUCUGCCCGCAGAGGACUGA